AUGAGCUUUUCCAGACCUGCAACGCUGCUCGCCGUCGCCGACAGCAGGAUCACCGGCGAAGUCGUCAUAUCUACACCACCCAGCAACCCAAGUUCUCUUGGCUUUCAUGCAAGGCUUGGCCCUGCGGUCGAGGCGACCCUCUCUAAAGUGAGUCAUUAAGAUAAUGAGGAAAAACGUAGCGUUCCCUGGACAAGUGCGUUUAAAAUCUGGGAGCUAAUCCUGGUAAUAUUCAAAUACUUGUAAAUUUUCAAGAAGGUGCAUGUCUUAGGGCCCAUGACUACUUUUUGUGUCCUCGGCCGAGCGUGGAUAAGUUACUGCCGCCAUUCAUGUGCUGUCCACGUAUGUUCUCGCGUGCUUGCUAUAAUUGCAUCCCGGCUGUUGAACACCUUUCCUGGUGCCCCGACGGAUUGGACCUUUUUGAAAUAGUGACGAAAAGUCAGAUGUCCUUGAUGUGAGGGGAAAUCGGGCGGCCAUCUACCAGCCGAAAAUCUUGUAACAACCUCACCCCCUGGUUGUUAUCCACACCUGCGACUUCGACUGCUUCAUCUUCGAAGUCAUUCGCCGUUUUGAUAGCACCAGUUUCCAACUGAGAAUUCGGAUCCGCCCUCCCCCCGUAUAGGCGUCCAUGCAGCCUCUUCUGUGGUUGUCUGCCGAGUUUUCCAACAUAAUUACACCUACGGCAGAAUAUUGCCGUUUAUAGACAACGGACUCCUUUUCACCUCUGAGUUGAAGGUAUUUUGGCACCAAAACUCGGCGACAAAUUUUGGUGUACGGUUUGUGGCGACUCCGCCCUCUGUUGAUAUGGGCCUCGUGGUCGUGGCUAUCGAACCAACCUUCACAUGCGGAAUCCUUUGCCAUGGCUUGGGAUAUUUGAAUGUUUACCACUCUCCCUAAGGUCACCAUCUCCUUGUCGAAUGCUGAUAGGAUUAUCUUCCUCGAAGGUACUCUGUCGGUGUUCGAGCUCAACCUUGGCAGGUGACAUUCUACAAUGAUCUACCUGUCGUCGGUAUGUCCUAUUGCCUUGCAGCCACUCCUUGCGGGGCAUUGAAUUGCCUGCAGUGUGAUGAUCCACUUUAUGUGGAUCACCGCCUAACGGUUGAUCUGGUGGAAGAGGUGGGCAUCGGUGGUUAUUGUUUUUUUCUUUCUCUAUCACAAACAACCUUGUAGCUGGUGUCCUCGGAAGAUACUUAAAAUCAACGAAGCUAAGCGCAGCAAAUCUCCCUGCAUUUACUUCUACCAACUGUUGUGUGUCUCCGUACGACUGUACAGGGUGUCGCAGGUAUGUGCCCGCGUUUAAGUUGAACGGUCACUUCAGCUUCGUCGAUGCGUUUGGAUGAACGUUGCACAAAUCUACACCACGCCACGCAUACACUGCCGGCAAUUGCUAUGAACGAGGAUGUAGCAUAGGCGACACCAACUGAGCCUAGUAUUGCAGGCACGAUUAGGGUGGUAAGCAGUAAACUGAUAUUGGCCGCCCAAUGCAUCGAUGGACCUGGUGGAUACUCCUACACCGCCUCUUCUUGGUACCUAGCUCUUACCUGUGGACCACAAAGCCGUGCUAAGCACGACGGCCACACACCAGUUACUGUCCUUAACUAGCGGGCUAAACCAGAUGUUUGUGUCUUCAUACCCGGUAGUCCCCAAACUAGUCCUUAAGUCCCCCACCCCAAACAAAAAAGGCCUAUGGAGGGAUGCAAAAAUUGCGGUCAAAACAAUAUGCGAAACAAUCACCAACCCUGUUUCUAUACCGUGCCCGGCGCGGGCCGCCACAGUGGCCCUGCUCAUUCUGGCAGCCUGGAAUGUGCGUUCGCUUUCAGGCAAACUAACGACAAACCGUCCAGAAGGGGGGACGGCCCUGGGCACGAGGGGACCGGUUCCCUACAGUGUGGACAUUGCGGCUCUCGGUGAGACCCGCCUCUCUGUUCCCAACGAGAACACGUGAAGGACAAAGGGCAAACUGCCUGGAUCUUGUUAUUACGAAAUCACCAGACAGCAUAGACGAGAUCACCUCCAUGCCGCCCCUUGGUCGAAGUGAUCACGUAGUGCUUAUGUUGGAUUAUUCGUUAUUCUCCAUUUCACAUACUCCAGACCGAAAAAGACGGAAUGUUUGGCGAGGCGAAUUCAAUCAGAUGAGGGCAGACUUGUGCGGUCUCGGCUGGGUCUCAUUGUUUACGGGAAAGCCUGGAGACCGUGGGCGGUUGAGGAUCAAAACUGCCUCGAAAGAGUUCAGAGGAGAGCCACGAAGAUGGUUAGGGGUCAAAGGUCCUUUCCUUAUGCAACCCGCCUAGUAAAUCUGAACCUCUUUCCUUUGAGUUACAGGAAACUUCGCGGGGAUCUCUUGCAAGCCUUACGCGUUGUAGUCUGGCCUUCGAGGACUUAUUUGAAUUUGCUACCACGACCAACCUCCGAGGUUACCAGUUAAAACUGCGAACUCAGCGGGCAAGGCUGGAUGUGCGAAAGUUCUCAUUCUCUGUUUGA